AUGGACACGGACCUCAAGUGCAACCGCUUGACGUGCCGCAAGUCAUUGACGGACAAGGCGGUUGUGACUACAUGCUCUCACAUCUUUUGCGUGGAGUGCGCGAACGAACUCUUUACUGCGGCACGACUAUGCCCAGCCUGCGAGACCUCUUUGACGGAACCUGAUGACGUCGUCGUGAGUACACUACCCUCGUGGUCCUGUUCUAGCUACGACAGGCUUCAAAAGGUUUGUUCUCUGCGUCCCUCGAAUGAUUACAAGACGUCUGUUCUCUCCGGCCUCUCGCCCUCAAUCAUUUUGGAGAUCUGCAGCCGCGCCAUUUCCUUCUGGCAGUACCAGAUCCAUCAAGAGAACUCAUUCCAGCAGGCCGUCGUGCGAAAUCUGACUGACAAGAACGCGCAGCUGCAGAAGCAGCUGGAUAACGUCGUCCGCGAAGCCAACGGCGAAAUCAGCCUGCUUAAUGACAAGACGAACGAACUUCAACGCGAACUCGAGCUCGAGCGGCGCAAGACGCGCGACCUGCAAGAAGCGCAGCGCGAGCGGGACAAGGAGUACCAAAAACUCAAGGCAUGCGCGCAUUCGCCUGCCCUCGCGUACUUCCUGCUAUUUCCCCUGCUCUAG